AUGAGGCCACUCUUUCUGCUGUGGGGCUGCCUGGUGCUCCCAGGUUAUGGAGACACCAUAGUGGGCCCAAAGGAAGUCAGCGGGUUCGAAGGGGACACCAUGUCUCUGCAAUGCACAUACGGGGACGAGCUGAAGAAGUUCCAGAAAUACUGGUGCAAGGAGUCGGGGCUCUUCGUCUCCCGAUGCACAAACACAAUCUACGCAAAUACAGACGGCCAGGAGAUGACCAAAGGCAGAGUGUCCAUCCAGGAUAGCCGGCCAGAGCGUGCCCUCAAGGUCACACUGCAGAAACUCAGCCUGGAGGAUGCGGGCACAUACUGGUGCGGGGUCAGUAGGCUGGGCAUCGAUAUUGCCUUCUCCAUCUCUCUGCUGGUCUUUCCAGGUCCCUGCUGCCCUCCCUCCCCUGCGCCCUUCUUCCGACCUCUUACUACUACUUCGAGGAGACUUGGGCCCAUGGCACACAUGUGGCACACUCAGGCCCCGGGACUGAAUUUGUGGGGAGCUGCAGAGCCAGGAUAUCUUGGCUCUGGAGGCUGCAUCCAGGCCAACAGCUUGAGCAGGACCCGCUGCUACCCGCCCCUCCCUUCUACUUACACGCCUGUGACUGUUGAAGUAGGCGGCGCCCCUCGCGGUCACGAAGGCACCUUCCUGUCCCCCGGAACCUCUCCAUCCGUGGGGACCUCUCCUUACACGCACGCUCACGCGGCGACCUCUCCUCCUGCAGGGACCUCCCGCCCCACCGCCAGGCUGGACCCCUCCUCAGCGAAGGAUCCCAGUCUGGUCGCCAGGAGCAGCAGCAGCUCCAAGCCCAGGACACUGGUGUCCACAGCCCGCUUCCUGGCCCCGGUGUGGGUGCUGGUCUCCCUGUUGCUGGUCACUGCCCUGGCUGCACUGGGUCGCUGCAUGUUCUGCUGGAGGGAGGAAGAUGAGCAGGAGGAUUUGUCAAAGGACAAGAAUGAAAACGUGCACCUGACCCACAUGGGAAACUAUGGCCCACAGUACACAUUGAGGAACCUGGCACUGCUCACCGAGCCUGACUCCAGCCCCCUGCCCCUCAGCACAGAGACUGGAUGCCUAAACCAGACUUCAGAGGAAAACCAAGCCUCUCCACUGGACCUUAAGGGGGACCUGGUUCCUCAGUAUCCCCUUCAACUGCCUGGGCAAGAGUCGGGCUUCCUCCCUGUGUAG